GUGAGAUCCAGGCAGAAUAUCGAUGUGCAAUGAGGAGCAAGGGAGCUCAGCAAGAGUGCGGAUAUAUUAGCAUGAGCAGCAUUCUUUUCCUGUUGGGAGUAGCAGAAAACAAACGGGAUAUUUGAACAACGGAUAUCAUUUGCCAGUAAAUCUGAACUUCUAAAGUGUUCCCAAAAUGUCUGACCUGGAGGACUUUGGCAAAACUGCGGGGCCCUGGAACACGUCCGACAGCUACCAGCUGAAUGCCACCAGUGUGAUCGUGCCGGUGGUGUUCUCACUCAUCUUCCUGCUCGGCACCGUCGGGAAUAGCCUGGUGUUGGCCGUGCUCCUCCGCAGCGGCCAGGUGGGAUACAACACCACCAACCUCUUCAUCCUGAACCUCAGCGUGGCGGACUUCUUCUUCAUCAUUUUCUGUGUGCCUUUCCAAGCCACCAUCUACUCCCUGGAGGGCUGGGUGUUCGGCUCCUUCAUGUGCAAAGUGGUCCACUUCUUUAUUAACCUCACCAUGUACGCCAGCAGCUUCACGCUCGCCGCCGUCUCUGUCGACAGGUAUCUGGCUAUUCGCUACCCACUCCGCUCCAGAGAGCUAAGAACACCCUGUAAUGCUGUGGUUGCUAUGGUAAUCAUCUGGGGCCUAUCACUCAUCUUCGCCGGACCCUACUUGAGCUACUACGACCUCAUAGAUUUCGCCAACAGCAGCGUGUGUGUUCCAGGCUGGGAGGAGCACAACCGAAAGGUUCUGGACACCUGCACCUUUGUGUUCGGCUACGUGAUCCCUGUGCUGAUCGUGAGCCUUUCGUACACCAGGACCAUCAAGUACCUGUGGACUGCUGUGGACCCUCUGGACGGGAUGUCGGAGUCCAAGAGAGCCAAGCGCAAAGUCACGAAGAUGAUCAUCAUCGUCACGGUGCUCUUCUGUAUCUGCUGGCUGCCUUACCACGUGGUGAUCCUAUGCUACCUGUACGGUGACUUCCCCUUCAAUCAGACCACGUACGCGUUCCGGAUCCUCUCUCACUGCAUGGCCUACGCCAACUCCUGCCUCAACCCUAUUGUGUACGCGCUGGUGUCCAAGCACUUCCGCAAAGGCUUCAAGAAGGUGUUCAGUUGCAUCCUCAGUAAGAACGGCAGGAACAAAGUGCACGUGGUCCACGUGGCUAACACUGCGCCCGGGUUUGAGGCCGGCUCCACGGAAGUGUCACACAUGAAUGAGGACAAUUUACGACAAAAUGACUGCGAGAUGAGCAGCCGGCCCAUAGCCGAGCCCAGGGAAGCAACCGUGACACAAAGCCAUGUCCAGAAACAGGCCUGAGGGUGAACAUCUGAGGUGAAGGGUCUGUGAAGAUUAUUGCCUUAUCACAAAGACUUAGGAUUUCAAACUCACAGGGAAGGGCAAUGACGAUGACAAUGUCUAUGUUUUUGAAAGGGUGACAAAUGGGAGUUUGAUACGGGAGUGAAUGUCUUUUAAUCGUUUUUCUUUGCAUGUUUCUAUCUGAUGUGUGCUGCACUAAAUCACUUGUUGUGUUGUUGUGUUAAAAAAUAAAAUGCCAAAUAUGUUAUCCUUUUUUGGCCACUCCUCACUUGUAUAGAUGUAGGAUCUUAAUUUGAUCAGCUUGUUGCUGGAGCACUUUCUUACAGUUUAAAACUUGUAAUGUAUUUGAAAAGUUAAAAAGGCUUCUGAAGUGAAUUUUUCCGCUUUCUAAUGUCAGACUAGAGUUUUCCUCGCAAAACAAUUCUCUGUAAUCCAUUCUCUGUUAUCCACAUAAUAAGUCACAAGUCCUGUUCCUUUAGGCUUGUUUCCUGCUGCGGCAAAUGGGCUCAAAUAAAGAUCAAAUUCAGAUCCCACACACAUAUUAUUAGUCUCAUAAUUUCUCAUUUCCCAUUUUCCUCUUUCUCCUCAGUCCUUGAAUGCUGUUAACUAUCCUCCUUGUCCUCUGUUUGCACCCUCGUCGAACAGCUAAAGGACAGAACACUUUUGUAUUUAUAAUGCUCUUUAAUAAUGCCCGCAAUUUUGUCAAAGUGCAAUGUUCUUUCUUCCAAAUUUCUGCCUUGAAGACACUAAAAUCCGCUUCUAUGAAUCUCUGUCUAUUCUAUGUUUCUACUUUUUGUCUUUUUCUUGUGGAUUGUGUGUAUUGGGUUUGAUUACUGUAUGUAUUUGUGUUCCAAGUGUUGGCUAAACACUUCAGGA